AUGGCCAACGACAACGCCCUGGAUGGCAUCGUGGGCGCCUACCAUGGCGACAACUUCCACGUCAAGGUCGUCUUCACCACCUUCCUCGGCAUCGCCAUGUACAACGCCAUCGAGCUGAUCGUGCUCAUCUUCAUGACCUUCAAGCGAUAUCGCGGCCUCUACUUCUGGAGUCUGCUGCUCUCCGCCGUCCUCGGCAUCCUCCCGCAGUCCAUCAGCUUCCUGCUCAAAUACUACAAUUUCGCCCCCGCUCUGGCCCUCGUCCUCCUGUCGCGCCUCAACCUGGUCAUCCAGAACCCCCGCGUCCACCGCCGCGUGCUGGCCAUGAUCAUCGUCGACGCCAUACUGCUGCACAUCCCCACCACCGUGCUCACCUACGGCUCCAACUUCGCCCCCUCCGGCCGCGCCCGCUGGGUCUCCGCCUACACCGUCAUGGAGCGCAUCCAGCUCACCGGCUUCUGUCUGCAGGAAUUCGUCCUCUCCGGCCUGUACAUCCUCGAGACCGUCAAGAUCCUGCGCGUGUCGCCGCCCUCGUCCGCCGGCGGCCGCCACGCCCACAUCAACCGCAAAAUCAUGUACCAACUGCUCGGUAUCAACCUGCUCAUCAUCGCCCUCGACGUCAUCCUUCUCGUUGUCGAGUACCUCAACUUUUUUGUCAUCCAGACCACCCUCAAGUCGCUCGUCUACAGCAUCAAGCUGAAGCUGGAGUUUGGCGUCUUGGGUCGGCUCGUCUUCCUCGUCCGCUCCCACCGUUUUGACUCUAGUCCGCGGAGGAAUGGUGCAGCGAAACUGCCCGACUUCGUCGACCCUGCGUUCAUGCUGAACGAUUAUACCCAUGCGCCCCGUCCUGCCGGCCGCGUUGUCCAUCCGUGGGAAGAUACCGAGUGCAAGACGUUUGUCUCGCAUAUUGAGAGCACCGCCCCGCCGCUCCCGGCCCAUCGCAGGUAG